CCCGUUUCACAAAACAAAGUCUGAUGUCUUUCAACUUUUUUUUCCUAAUUUAAAUUUGUUUGGAACAAACAGAAAUAACUUGAAUUACAGACUUUACGUGUAUUCAUUUCUACCUUUGUAGACAAAAUGACUUCUAUAAGAAACCUGGCCCAGGCUGCAAUCAUUUUAUGUGCCAUAUGUUUUUUUACAAUCUCUGAUGGAAGACCAAUGGUGAGAAGGUCCGUGAGCGAGAUGCAGUUGAUGCAUAACCUGGGCGAGCACCGGCACACGGUGGAGAGGCAGGACUGGCUGCAGAUGAAGCUGCAGGAUGUGCACAGUGCCCUGGAGGACGCUCGCACCCAGAGGCCUCGCAGCAAGGACGACGUUGUGCUGGGCCGGAGGCUGCUCCCAGAGCACCUGCGGGCAGCAGGGCAGAAGAAAUCCAUGGAUCUGGACAAGGCUUACAUGGAUGUCCUCUUCAAAACAAAGCCGUAG